AAUUUGUUCUUUGUCUACUAGAGGAAGAAGUUCGGCCUAAACUACAGAACUGGAAUCUGAAGCAUAUAAUGCAGCAUACAGCUAACUGCAGGGAAUACAGAGAACUCUAUAAGGAUAAGUUGCUGGGAAGCAAGAGUGUUGAGUUUAACAAGAGAUUAGAAGAACUUGAGAUUAUUCUAGAUGUUUUUAACAUCAAUUUAAACAGAGAGUUAGCUGAGACUGCAGCUAGUGCUCGGCGUAAAGAGGAAGCUAAACAAGGAUAUUUUAACUGGUUCUGGGGGAAGAAGGAGAACAAGGAAGAUGCUGGAGAACUUGAGAAAGCUUUAACCCCAGAUGAACGUGCUAAACUCUAUGAUGCUAUUGGAUAUCAGGAGGAUGCAGAGGAGGGGACACUAGAGUAUCCUCGAAGGUUUGUGAGAGCUAGGCUUGGUUUCCUCUUGGCGGGUUUCAGAAUAGAACUUCUUGAUGAAGAUCUUAGGGAUAAUAGUGUUCUCACCCUACACCUUGAUACUGUCAGUAUGGAAAUAACCCAACGGCCUGCAGCUGGUAAUAUGCUGGUCAGUUUAGCUAUGCAGAGUUUAACAGUUACAGGAAUAGAUAUAGAUAAGAGUGCUCCUAAAGUGAUAACAACUGUAUCUACUCUACAGAACUGUAAUCUACUCUCAGUAGAAUAUGAGAUUAAUCCGCCAGCGGAUCCAGGAGGUAAUCUAGACGAAGACAAGGGAUCAGUAUACGAUCGUAGAUUGUUCAUCAGUUCCUCCCCCCUAGAGAUCAUCUACGAUAUGAAGACAGUGAACCAUGUGAUGGAAAUAUUUAAACCCCCAGAGGAACUUCAGAUCUCGUAUCUACAGGAGACAGCUAUGGAAACUAUGAAGGAGUACAAAGAGGUUCGAAUGAGUAAACUGGGAUGGGAGUAUGUCAUCCAGAACCACAAGUUCAUGGAUGUAAAUAUUCAAUUAGAGAGUUCAUAUAUUGUGAUCCCGUACCGUGGUGUAUAUACCGAGGGAUGUCCUGCUUUAAUAGCUAACCUUGGUAGCAUUAGUAUCAAGAGCGGUCAGGUCACUCAGAAUAUGAAGAACAGCAAGAAGCAGGGUGGACUAGAAGCCCUCAAGAGUGGUCUUGAUCCUUUGAAGAUGUUUGAGGCGAAGUUAAAGGAGAACCUUCUGGAGCAGGCAUACGACAAGUUUACCAUCAAGCUGGAAAAUAUGGAGCUUAUGCUGGCUCUCAGAGAUGAAAACUGGAGACUUGAAAUUUGCAACAAGAAUUCAAAACUGCAUCUCUUGAAACCGAUAAAUGUAGACUUCAGCUUUAAGUACUGUCUGAUUCAAAAUGAUCCAGAUUUUCCAAUAACGAAGUUGCACGGAGGUCUUCCAGUCCUUGGUCUUUGUAUUGAGGAGCAGAGGCUUCUCAUGCUAGCAGAGCUGAUGGAGAAGAUCCUUGAUCCUGAUGAUGAGGAUAAGUUUGUAAGUAAACAAACCUUAAAGAGAACUGACUCAGAUGCAUCCUUCAGUAGUGCUGUCUCCAGUCUUGGUGCCUCUGCAAACUCAUUUUUUAUUGGGAGGAAAAAGAAUGUUGUUGUUCCAGUGAAUGUCCCAGAGUUAAAAAGAGAGUCCAAAACCUCAAUUGCCUCAAAUGUUGUUCAGCUAGACAUGUCAUUUAACAUUGAAAAGUUGAAACUGGAUAUUGAGAAAAAUGAGAUUCCUUUGUUUAAGUUUGAGAUUAAUGGAAUGGGCUCAACGAUCCUUGUUAAGAAGCAUUGUCUUGUUGGAAAGUUUGAAAUCAACUCUUGUGUCUGUGAACAUGUCAAGUUUAAAAUGCCAGAUGGUUCAGCUGUUAAACUGCUUAACACAGACAGUACAUUAUACAAAGACCAGAAGCUAUUGUCAAUCAAGUAUACCAAGCUUAACCCCAAUUCUCCAGACUGGGCCGGAGUUCAGCAGUCAAUAGAUGCAAUCUUAACCUCUGUACACUUCUGUGUCCAUCAGGACGCCAUCUUAGAUUUGGCAAAAGAGUCAGCUCUUUGGAUGACAAACAUUCAGUCUAGAGCAUCUAAACUAAUGGUAGCAGCUGAAGCCCCUAAGACUCCUGUAACUACCCCAAAUAGGGACUCUCCUUUGGGACUGAAGAGACAAGGCGCAAGAAGACUUUCGAGACAGAAUUCAGGUGGGAAUGAUGCAUCUGGAGGUCUUAUGAAAAGCAUUUAUAAACCUAAAGGUCGUGUUGCAUCUAGAAGUAAAUCACAGAUAGUUGAAGAGCCAGUGCAGUUUAGGUUCUUUGCUCAGCUAAAGGAGGUUGGUUUCUCUUUGAUGACAAGCUAUGCAGAUUUCUCAAGCAUGCGUGCAGAAAAUUUAGUUGCUGAUCUUCGUAUUUCCCGCUCCCAAACCACCAUCAAUGCCAAGUUGAUGGAAUUCCAAGUUUUUGAUUCUUGUGAAAGAACUCAAUACAAGAUGAUUGCUAAAAGUACUGAUGCUGAGGUUUUCAAUGUCAACAUUACUCUAAAUGAUAAUGUAGAUGAGCUAGAUAAGGAGAAAGGAAUGCCUGAUGUCUUAGUGAAGGCAAAUAUGUCUCAACUUCGUGUUGUCUUCCUCAUGAAAUAUGUUAAGGACUUGCUUCUCUUUAUUGACCCGUUUACUAACAUGAAAGAGUAUGUGAUGGAGCUUUCAGCUGAGGCAAGUGAGAGAACAGUGAAUCUUGCCAAAGAGAUAUACAGCUCUGCUACAAGAGUUAAGCUUGACAUCUCUAUCAAAGCUCCAGUUAUCAUUAUACCCAUACAUUCAGAAAGCAAGACCACCUUUGAAGCUAAUCUUGGUAGACUUUUGCUCUGUAACAGACACAGAGUAACACCAGAGAAGUUCCUAAUGGAUGAGCUGAGCCUUGAAUUCUCAAACAUAACACUGUGUAGGUCAGAGACAGGCAGUCACAAUAAGUUUACUAUCAUUGAGCCAAUUUCAUUCGAGAUGGAGUUGGCUAGGAACAUGAAUGGAGCAGUUAACGAGUCUGAUCCUCCAGAUAUCAAGGUUACUGGUGUACUGGAACAGGUAAAGAUUAAUUUACUCAAAGAAGAUUACGACAAUAUUAUAUCAUUGUUGUCAAAGAACUUUGGAGAAAAAGGUGUCAUUAAAGCUGUACCCAUGUCUAUAAAAACCAAUUCAAAACUAAAUCUUCCCAUAAAACCUAAUUACCAAAGAGGCAGCAGAGCAAGUCUUUUAUCUCAAGAAGUCUUGGCAGAUAAGGAAAAGAAAGAAGUAUCACCAAAAGCUAAAACCACUGACUUUAAGUUUACUUUUAAAAAGUUCUCGCUACAGAUUCUCAACAACAGCUACUGCAAUGACCAGCAUGACUCUUUAGGAGAAAUUAGUAUCGAUCAGCUUAAUGUUUAUGGAGCCAUGACUGCUGAUGAAGAACUUUAUGUUGUUGCUACCCUUAAGAAUGUUAUUUUAGAAGACACUAGACAUAGUUUGGAUUCAGCUCAAGGCAGAAUAGUUCGCCUUCUUGAGUCUAAGAUGGUUGACAACAGUACCAUGGUAGAUGUGACCUAUCAAAGGUUUUCCAAUGCUGAGGAAUUACUGAAUUGCAAGAUUUCAAGCUUCACUGUUGUUGCAUCCGUUUCAUAUCUGCUGAAAAUUAGCGAGUUCUUUAUUCCCAAUGAGGUGGUUGAUUAUGAUGAAUUCUUUGCUGCCACAGGGCUAGGUGAGGGUGGAUACUACAAGUCUGAAUCUGAAGCAAAACCUGUUUCAGUGACAAGGAGAAUAUCCUUUAGGAUGGAUGAACCUGAUAUUAUCCUUGUCAAUGAUAUUGAGGAUAAAACCACUGAUGCCAUUCUUUUCAAUGCACAGCUCAAUAUGAACAUUGUUCAGCAGCAGGAAAAAUUGACAUUUAACAUGACGUUGGAUGAUUUAAGAGGGCACACCUGUAAGUUUGAUCCUAAGGACCGAGAACAAACACUGGCUCAGAUAUUGAAGCCCACUAACAUGGCAAUGCACUUCAGCCAGGACACUGAGAGUCGAAGAACCAGGAUUGAUAUGAACUUCUCUAGUCUUGUGCUCAAUGUAUCCCCUGCCUCUAUCAUGAUCCUUCUUCAGAGCUACAAUACCUUCAUGCUAAACUUCCAGGCUUUACCGGAGGAUCUUGAAGAGGAGGUAAAGGUUGAGAAGAGCGAUGAAAAUCUCUGGAAAACAGCUGAUAUAGUCGAUGAUGAGAUGUGGUAUCUGAAACCAGAUGAGGCACUAGAUUUAAUGCAGCAUGCAGACACCAUGUCUCUUGCAAGUACUGUUAGCAACCUGGGGGAUGAACAUCUUAUGUUCAAGGUGAAACAACUGAUAAUUACAAUGGAAUCUGGACGAGGGAAUAAUACCGUUCCUUUAGUUCUUCUUGAAUCCAAGGUUGAGGGGGAGGUGAGGAAUUGGAGUUGGAGACUAUGGGUUGGAGCUAAUCUAGAGUUAGAAGCAGCUUACUACAAUAGCAAGGUUGCAUUAUGGGAACCUAUUAUCGAACCCAUUCAAGUAAUUAACCAACCUGGGCCAUCCUAUAAUUACAGAUGGAGCCUGGAUUUCAGUUAUCAGAGUAACUCUGUCAAUGAACUUGGUUCUGCUCUGCUCUCCCCAAACUUCAACGUUGACGAACCCGAUACAUUCGUCUGCCCGGAGAAUCUUCCUCCGCUUACAGAACUCAAGCUAUCCUCUUCUCAUGCAUUACAGCUAACAAUUACAAGAACCUUUCUGUCUGUUCUGAACAAUAUGAUUGAAUCCUUCAGUCUGACAGGGAUGGAGAGGACAUCCUCGAAGGUUAUCCAUGAGGAUCCUCUGAUUCUCAGAAACCAGAUGGGUCGGGAGAUAACGAUAUCUCUAGCCGAUAACAAGCAGCUUGUUCUUCUAGAUCAUUCUCAAGAAAUGGAUGUUGUGAGUUUACCGUCAGGGUCGGAGAAAGCUUUUGGUUUACGAAUGAGUAGAAGUAGUCUCGACUGUAAAACCAGAUCCUAUACUAGUCCUUUACAGCAGCAAACAGAAGAAUCAUCAUCAGCUAUCAGAUUGAAGAUUGUUGGAGAAAUUACACCACUGUCAUUACCCAUCAGUAAAACUGAUAUGAGAUUCUUCCCUUUCCAGUUCCGGGGAUGCGAGUUUGGUUACGAGAAAGGAUUUGUAUCCAAGGUGGAGGUGGAGAACUGCUCCAAGAUUAUCACUCUGCAGUCCAUAGUCAUCUUUAAGAACUACUAUCCCAUCCCCGUCAAGGUUUGGACAGAGAAUAAUGGAAAAUUUCGAGUAAUCUCUAGACUAGAGAAGGGAGAAGAAUGGAAUGCCCCCAUCUCCGAUAUCUACACUCAACUUGGACGGUUCUACUUCUCUCUUGAUGGUCAGGGACAGAACAUUGGAUUGGAGUUUCUAACCUGGAAAGAAAUUGAGCUCUCAAGAAGUGUGAGACGUGUAAUUGAAUGCUCCAACUCUCAUGGAAAUCCAUCUGUCUUCUUCAACGUUGAAGGUUUGGCUACGGAUAUUUUUAGAGAAACAUCCAGGGAUCGGGGUAGUAGCAUCUACACAAUAUCUAUUCGUCCUGUUGUUGUUCUGAAGAACUGUCUUCCUAUCCCCCUCUACUACUCCUCAGGAAAGACAGAGGAGUUCAAAACACUAACUGAAGGGGAGAUUGGAUGUCUGGAGGAUGUGCGACAUGGACACUCAAUGAUCCGCCUCAAACUGUACGGAUGGAGAUACACAGAUCUAGCAUGUGACAAGGUUUUUGAGGAUAACAUGAGGGAAUUAGAUUUCUGGAGGUUUGAGAGCACUGAACCAGAGUCAAGUAACAUCAGGCUAGAUCUGGGGGUGCAGAAGGAGUAUAGUAAAGGUACCAUUGUUCUAUCAGUGUUUGCUCCCUUCUGGUUAGUCAAUAAGACAAAGCGUACUCUGUACUACAAGGGCCAUGAUUCAGGUAGUGAGGUAGCUCACUACCCUGACGAUGAGAAGCUUCCACUUAUGUUUUCUUAUAUUACUAAAUCACUGUUUGGAAAGAAAAAGAUUAGUUUGAAGAUGGAUUCAUCUCAGUGGUCUGAUCCCUUCACCAUUGAUACAAUAGGAGACACUGGUAAGAUCACAUGCAAGCUGGACACAAGAAGAGGAUCAUUAAAGAGAAAUUUUAUUGGUCUUGAUAAAACUAAAGAAGAUGCGUACAGUAUCGGAAUCCAGAUUAGUCAGAGUAGCACUAGUCUUACCAAGAUAAUCACCUUCACUCCGUAUUUCAUGGUGUACAACUCCGCAGACUUCAACAUCCUGAUGAAGGAGGUUGAGGAUGAACUAGGUUGGACAACUAUACCUGCAAAAGAGUGUGUUCCAAUCUGGCCAAUCUAUGGUGGGAAAUCCUAUAUAUGCAAGGCUGAAAAUUACCCUGAAACAACUGUACCUUUUUCUAUUCUAGACAUAAACACAUCCCUUCUCAUGCUCUCAAACAAGUAUGGAGGUAUUGAUGUAAGAGUGAAGACGGAUAAUUCCCAGGUCCUAGUUACCCUAGCAAGGUAUAAAACAGGAUAUGCACCAGCUCUUCUUGUGAAUAAUACACCCUCCUGGUUUAUUGAGUUUGGAGAGCUGGGUUCCAGUAACAGAAAGUUUCUUGCUCCUGGUAAGAAAUGUUUGUACACAUGGGAGAAACCAUCAGGAGGACGAACCUUAGUCUGGUCAGUUCAGGGUCUUAACACACCACCGCUAGAGAACAGUCUGAAGAGCGAUGCCUAUGAUUCAUUUAAGAUAGGAAAUGGAUAUUUAUCCUGGGUAUCUUUUCUAGAUGGAAUGCAACGUGUCCUCUUGUUCACCAAUAAUGGUCACUUGGCCGAGAGAUUAGCUAAGACAACUGGUGAAAUGGAAAGGAUUGAGCAGGAAAUUGAAGUAUCAAUCUCUGCAAUUGGAGUUUCCCUGGUCAAUAACUCUGAGAGUGUAAGAAAGGAAUUGGCAUACCUCUCUGUCACUUGCAGUGACACAGUUUGGGAGGUUAGGAAGGAAGGGAAGCAAAGAUAUAGACCUUUAACUGUUCAUCAAUCCAGCCUUAUAGAAAACGAUUUCAAGUUGUUUAACCGUCUGCUAGGGGUGAACAAGAACCCAAACCCAAGAAGGGAAAUAGAAGAUGGUUCAAUUAUACUUGAUUAUAGGGAGGAAAGGAUGGAAAAGCCCCACCGAGGACGGGUCCGAAGACAGUUUCAGAAAGGUUUAUGGCUCCAGGUCCGCACAUCACCACAUCAAAGACAAAUUCACAUGAAAGUCAACCAUAUUCAGCUUGACAAUCAACUGCUGGAAUGUCUGUAUCCAGUAAUUGCUGCUCCAGUUCCCCCGCCUAAGUCUGUAAUGGCAGACAGUGUUCCCAAACCCUUUAUAGAGCUCUCUAUUCUAGAGUAUACUAGUCCAGCACAUGUAGAUAUGAAGCAGUAUAAAUACAUUCAUGCUCUCAUACAGGAGAUGCAGCUAAAGAUUGAACUUGGGUUUGUGAACGCUAUCUCUGAAUUGUUUGAAGAUGAAGAGAUCCUUGAGGAGAAUACUAAGGAGAAGCUUGAGCUUGACCUGGAGAUGGCGAGGAAACCUCUUCAGGAGCACGCAAUCCUAACUGUAUCUCAGGGACAAAAGGAUUUCUAUGAUUACCUCCACAUGUCUCCACUCAAGAUUCAUGUUAGCUUCUCUCUGACAUCCCACAACGCCCGACGGGACGGAACAUCUCAUCGAGGAUCAAACUUCAUCGGUCUUCUUCUCCAGAGCUUCGGGGUCACCAUCACAGACAGCAAUGAUAUCAUCUUUAGACUGGCGUACUUCGAACGUAAACAUCAGUUCUAUGGGUUCAAUGAUCUGACAACAGAGAUAUCCAGACACUAUACUAGUCAGGCAGUUAAGCAGAUGUAUGUGGUUCUACUCGGCCUUGAUGUCAUAGGUAAUCCAUUCGGGUUGGCGGUUGGUGUUGCACGCAGUGUGGAAGAUCUCUUCUAUGAACCCUUCCAGGGGGCUGUAGAGGGACCUGGGGAGUUUGCUGAAGGUUUGGCUAUAGGAGUCCGUAGUGUGUUUAGUGGUGUAGUUGGAGGAGCAGCUGGAACGGUUUCUAAGAUAACCGGAGCUCUUGGCAAAGGUUUGGCAUCUCUCACCUUUGAUGAAAAGUUUCAGAAUAAACGGCGGGAGACGAUUAAACGGCGGGAAAAUCAAACUCUAAUGGACGGGAUGGCGGUGAAUGUUCGAGAUCUUUCCAUGGGAUUUGUUGGCGGUGUGACCGGCGUUUUUACGAAACCUUACGAGGGAGCCAGCAAGGAGGGCGUGUCCGGAUUCUUCAAGGGUGUUGGAAAGGGUGUGGCCGGGCUGGUUACCCGGCCUACCGGCGGUAUUGUUGACUUCGCCAGUGGAACUUUUGACACCGUUAAACGUGCCACAGAGGUCGGAGAUGAAUUUAAGCGUGUGCGACCGGCGCGUUACAUCCAUCCUGAUGGUGUAGUCCGGUAUUAUGACCGGAAGGAAGCUGAGGGUCAGCGUAUACUCAGUCAGGUAGAGAAGGGCAGGUAUGCUGCAGAGGACACCUACAUGCUUCACGAAUACACAAUUCCGGAUAAAGAGGUUUUCUUGGUGACAAAUAAACGUCUUCUGUAUUUACAUACAGUAUUGGGAAGCUGGAGCAUGGACUGGGAGUUUGAAUUCAGUAGAAUCCAGGGUCCACCCAGUGUACUACAGGAAGGAGGAAGAUGGUACAUUAUAAUCCAACCCUUGGAGGAAAAGAAGAAUAUACUGGGAGGACUGUUCACUAAAAACUCCGGGAUGAAAGUUUUCCUACCUGAAGGUUCAAAUAAAGGGUCAGCCCAGCUGCUUGCCAGGGUCAUUGAAGAUCUCAGGACUUCCAAGAACAAUUUUGAGACCAUCUUCAUUGAGAUGAUUCAGCGGAAAGCUAAACUAAACUGAUUUCUCAAUAUUUUUAAAUCCGAAAAUGCGCAAACCCUGGUGUGGACUUUAUUGUCAGACAUGUAUAGAUUAAGGAAUAGUCCGUUUGUUAAUCAUUAAAGAGGCUCAACAAAACUCUAUGGAGUACUAAAACAAUUCAAAAAUGUUUUAUCAGUUAGAUUUUAUGAAAUUAUUCAACUCCCAAAGUAAAUAUUAUCAAUACCAACGUAAACUUGUAACGAUUACAAAUUUGAAAAAUUCUAAAACUUCUUCGAUUUUUAUGGAGCCUCU